AUGGCGGCGCGGGAGACGCUUCGGGAUGCGUUCGGUGACGCGGUGCGGGGUGGACAUAACGUCGUGCCGGUGUAUCGACGGAUCUUUGACGAUCAGUUGACGCCGAUAUUGGCGUAUCGCUUGUUGGUGAAGGAGGACGAUAGAGAAGCGCCGAGCUUUCUGUUGGAGUCCGUCGUCGGGGGGUCGCAGGUUGGGCGGUUUUCGUUCCUGGGGAGACGGCCGGUGAUGGAGGUGACGGCGAAGGAUUACGAGGUGACGACGACGCACCACGGGACGGGGCGGAGCGAGACGACGACGGAGACAGAUCCGAUGGAGGUGAUGAAGCGCAUUAGCGCGGAGUGGCGGGCGUGCACGAUGUCGGGUUUACCGGAAUGCUUCUCAGGGGGCUGGGUCGGGUUCACCGGAUACGACACCGUGCGGUAUCAGUACAAGAGUAAGCUCGAUUUCGGAGAGGCGGCGCCGAAGGACGAUAGGUCUCUGCCGGACAUUCAUCUCGGGCUCUACAGGGAUGUCGUGGUGUUCGAUAACGCGACCAAGCAGCUCUAUGCGGUGCACUGGGUGAUGACGGAUGAGUACGCGAACGUGGACGAGGCGUACCACAAGGGAAUGGACGCCGUGGACGCGUUGAUUGACGACUUGCAGCCGUCCAAGUCGCCGACGUUGAAGCAAGGUUUCGUCAACUUGCAGCUCGACCAACGACCGAGCGUGCCGAAAGACAGCACGAUGACCAAGGAUGAGUUUUUAGGUGCGGUGGCGCAGACGAAGGAACACAUCAAGGCUGGGGAUAUCUUCCAGCUCGUCCUCAGCCAUAGAUUCCAACGCCAGACGCACGCGGACCCGUUCGAGGUGUACCGAGCGUUACGCGUCGUUAACCCAUCCCCGUACAUGAUUUACUACCAAGGUCGGGAUUGCAUCCUAGUUGCAUCGAGCCCGGAGAUUUUGUGCAGAGUGAACAAGGAGCGGACCGUGGUGAACCGCCCGCUCGCGGGGACGCGUAUGCGUGGCAAGACGCAAGAAGAGGAUGAGGCGUUGGAGGCUGAUUUGCUCGCGGACCAGAAAGAGUGCGCCGAACACGUCAUGCUCGUUGAUCUUGGUCGUAACGACGUCGGUCGUGUCUCCAAGGCGGGCACGGUCAAGGUUGAAAAGCUCAUGGAGAUCGAGCGAUACUCGCACGUGAUGCACAUCUCCUCGACCGUGACGGGUAGCUUAGUUGAUAACCUUGGACCGUGGGAUGUCCUUCGCGCGGCAUUGCCCGCAGGUACGGUGAGCGGUGCGCCAAAGGUUCGAGCGAUGCAAAUCAUUGACGAUUUAGAGGUGACGCGCCGCGGUCCGUACGGUGGCGGUAUCGGUUACGUCGGCUUCACGGGUGAGAUGGAUAUGGCGCUCGCGUUGCGCACCAUGGUGGUCCCGACGCGCCAAGCCAAGGACGUCAACGGAUCUCGCGAGUGGAUGAUCCAUCUCCAAGCUGGUGCCGGGAUCGUUGCCGAUUCUAACCCGGAGAGCGAGUAUCAAGAAACUGUCAACAAGGCGGCUGCUUUAGGCAGGGCCAUCGAUUUGGCGGAAUCCGCAUUCUCCGCGGACUAA